AUGGAGAACAGAUCUGAAGUGGAUGGGUUCAUCCUUACAGGAUUAACAGGUGCUCCAGGGCUUCAGGCUCCUCUCUUCAUAAUGUUCACCUUCAUCUACCUUACUACCCUGGUAGGGAAUCUGGGGAUAGUGGCUCUGAGCUCCUGGGAUUCCUGCCUCCACACCCCAAUGUAUUUUUUCCUCAGUAACCUCUCUCUGGUGGAUUUUGGCUACUCCUCAGCUGUUACUCCCAAGGUAAUGGCUGGGCUCCUCACAGGGGACAAGGCCAUCUCCUAUAAUGGAUGUGCUACACAGUUAUUCUUUGUUGGGGCCUUUGCUACUACUGAAAGUUUCCUGUUAGCUUCCAUGGCCUAUGAUCGUCAUGCAGCUGUCUGCAAGCCCCUACAUUACACCACUACCAUAACUUCAACAGUAUGUGCCUAUCUGGCCAGUGGUGCUCAUAUCUGUGGCUUUCUGACUUCCUCCAUAGUCAUAGGAAACACAUUUAGCCUUUCCUUCUGCAGGUCCAACAUAGUGCAUCACUUUUUCUGUGAUAUUCCCCCUCUCCUAGUUCUCUCUUGCUCAGAUAUUCAAAUCACUGAGUUGGUAUUCUUUAUUUUAGGGUCAUUCACUGUCUUUUUCCCAUUUCUUGUCAUCUUUGCUUCGUACUUAUUAAUCUUUAUCACUAUCCUCAAGAUCCAUUCUGUUGAAGGCCGCCAGAAAGCCUUCUCUACCUGUGCGUCCCAUCUCACAGCAGUGUCUAUAUUUUAUGGGACAAUCAUCUUCAUGUACCUUCAACCCAGCUCAAGUCAUUCAAUGGACAUGGACAAAAUGGUGUCAGUGUUCUACACCAUGUUAAUUCCCAUGUUGAACCCUCUGGUGUAUACUCUGAGGAACAAAGAUGUCAAGAAUGCUGUGAUGAAAGCUGUGAGAGGAAGACAACUUCAAUAA